AGACGUUUGGUCAGAACUACCCCGAGGAGUUUGACGGGACUCUUGACUGUGUCUCGUUGGCUGUGACGUGCGCCUUCAACAGACAAGGCGCUCUGCUGGCCGUCGGCUGCAAUGACGGACGCAUUGUCAUCUGGGACUUCCUUACACGAGGCAUUGCCAAGAUCAUCAGUGCCCAUGUCCAUCCUGUCUGUUCACUCAGCUGGUCCCGCAAAGGACACAAGCUGCUGUCCGUGUCCACCGACAACAACGUGUGCAUUUGGGACGUGCUGUCGGGUGACUGCGACGUCAAGUAUAGGUUCCCGUCACCCAUCAUGAAGGUACAGUUCCACCCCCGCAAUGACAAGCUGUUCAUCGUGUGCCCCAUGCGACACCCAGUGGUGCUGCUUAACAGCGACGGCACCCACCGCCUCCUCCCCCUAGACGACCCUGCCGACGUCACCCUCGUCGCUUCCUUCGACCGCCGCGGCCAACACGUCUAUUGUGGUCGGUGCUGGGUGGUGGCGGGCAGUGGUGGGGACUGUUGGGUGGUGGUGGUCAGUGGUGGGGACUGUUGGGUGGUGGUGGUCAGUGGUGGGGACUGUCGGGUGGUGGUGGUCAGUGGUGGGGACUGUCGGGUGGUGGUGUGGGUGAAGUGCUGCUUCUCGGGAGACGCUGAGUACAUCUGCGCGGGGUCUGCGCGGCAGCACAGCCUCUACAUCUGGGAGCGCAGCGUCGGCAACCUCGUCAAGAUCCUGCAC